ACAAAUCAACAAAAAGACAGAGCGCGCGUUUGAGCGGUUGAUCGUUGGUUAUCUUCUCUCCGUGCCACCCUAUCGCCGCCGCAUUGACUGCUACAACUGCAUUCCGGCUAGAUGUUUGAACGCCUUACGAUCACCGAAAUGAGCAGCGCUGGGUUGAUAAUUGCGAGAUCUUCUACUGCCAGUUUUUGAGAACAAUGAUGCAUAUUCAAGCGUAUUGUCUGGAUGGUGCCAUUCCGGCGGGCGGGCGGCUGGAAGUACCAAGCGGAUGCUGGUGGGCUACUCACCCUCUCUCCCCCCUUUAGAUAUAUCCUUUUUAUAUAAGAUAAUUGAUGGAGAGUUUGUUGAGUUCGCGAAUCACACCAUUACCUACUCAUUGUAGACAAAUUCAAUCUUCGCUUCGUCCCUCGUUGUUCUUGCAAUUCUCUAGAAGAUCGGUUGAAGGUCAAAUGGAGAUGGGGAGAUGUCGCAUGUCAUUCAAUCCAAUUGCCGCUUCAGUUCAGCCGUUAGAAGGCCCUACACUUUCUCAUUUCAACAACACAUCGCCAUCCAAAGAGGUGCUGGAGCUGUGGAGAAGUGCAAAUGCAGUAUGCUUUGAUGUUGAUAGCACAGUUUGCGUAGAUGAGGGAAUUGAUGAAUUAGCAGAUUUUUGUGGAGCUGGAAAGGCUGUUGCAGAAUGGACAGCUAGGGCAAUGGGUGGUUCCGUGCCGUUUGAGGAUGCUUUGGCUGCUAGACUAUCUUUGUUUAACCCUUCACUUUCACAAGUUGAGGAAUUUCUCGCUAAGAGACCUCCAAGGCUUUCUCCAGGUAUAGAUGAGUUGGUUAAAAAGCUAAAGGCCAAAAACAUUGACGUAUAUCUGAUUUCUGGAGGCUUUCGUCAAAUGAUCAAUCCUGUUGCAUCAAUUCUUGGGAUUCCACAUGAGAAUAUUUUUGCCAAUCAAUUGCUUUUCGGAAGCUCUGGUGAAUUUCUGGGCUUCGACAAAAAUGAGCCUACUUCAAGGAGCGGCGGGAAAGCAACUGCAGUGCAACAACUAAGGAAGGCUCAUGGAUACAAGACAUUGGUCAUGACUGGGGAUGGUGCGACUGAUCUUGAGGCCCGUAAACCAGGUGGCGCUGACUUGUUUAUUUGUUAUGGUGGCAUUCAACUUCGAGAAAACGUUGCUGCAAAAGCUGACUGGCUGGUUUUCAACUUUCUAGAUAUGAUCAACUCCCUUGAAUAGUACAUAUUUUUUCAGAACUACAGCCUCCUUUAUUCUUAUAUCUUUCUUGAUUCUUAUAUUGUAUUGCUGCUUGUUCUUUAUGCCUGCAGAUACCUGCAUUCUAUACACAUAGAUUCUAAUCUUUUUGUGGGGGAAAAGGCCCCUAUUAUCAUGUUUGGAAUUGUGUGCAACUCUACUGAAAAGUAUGUACAAGGAUUGGAGUUCUGAUGCAUCUUCUUCUGAAUACACAAAUUUUACCUUUUUACAGU